AUGUCAAGCAGUGCCGACAUACAACAAGUUCAGGAGGUUAUUGGCGACAUUGGCUAUUAUUUUCACAUCAUCAAUGUGGUCCUCAGUUUCGUUUCAGUUUUGAUGAACACUUUUCAUAUUUUUAUUCUAAGUCAAAAAUCCAUGCGAACCUCAUCGACAAACGUCAUUCUCAUAAGCCUUUCUGUAUGCGAUAUUGCCGGCGGGCUGACCACUAUUUACAAACAUUUUUUGAUGGUGGAUGCGGAAAAUUCUGAGUGUGUGACUUCAACUUCCCUGUGGAAAAUAUAUUUUGACAUAACUCUGUGGUCUAUUAUUAUACACUUCCGAAGAUGCGCUUCGUGGCUUGGAAUAUUCAUGGCCACUGUGAGAUUGGUACUAGUUAAGAAAUUGUCCAUUAGCAGAUUCUGCAAUUGGUCGAAACCGCGUGUUGGGUGGCUCAUGGCUGUGAUUCUAUUUUUCCUCAGUGCUCUAUUAUCAGUAUUUUAUCAAUUCAGAUUUGUAGUUAUAGAAAAUCGUAGUUUUCCCUUACCACAAGUUUGCGCCCAGUACCAGAAUACCAACAAUGUACCGAAAUUCUCAGUUGCACUUUCUCCGUUGUUUAGCAACAACGAUAGAAUUGUGCUCAGAGCCUACCUGCUCUUUGAUAUAAUUGUCAGCAAGUUUUUACCAUGCAUCGCUUUUGCACUACUUACUAUAUUUUUAAUUCGGGUUCUAAAGAACGUGAAAAAAAGUACAAGCAGUGCCCGCUUCAUCAAGGAGAACAAAACGGAUUUGAGCACAAAGCUCAUAGGUUACAUGACCGUUGGAUUCUUCAUCACUGGCACUCCACUAGGCAUUAUUUAUCUCACAAAAGCAUUUUUCGACAAAUCUGAAGCUGUUGUAAUACUCUCUACAGACCUGGCCCUUUACUUUCUCGUUUUGGUCACUAUAAACGCGAUUCUUCAUCCAAUUUUUUGCAUUUUGAUGUCAAGUCGGUAUAGAGAUACGAUCAGAAAAACGUUUCUCCCAUCUCAAAAAUCUACAAUUUCUGUUACAAGAAACGCAGGGAGCAUGCAUACUGUUUCCGGGAUCAGAAUAAAUUGA